AUGUCGGGGUUGAACAGGGAUGACGGCUCGUUUUCCAGCUUAGACGAGCAGACUCUUACUACUACUACCACCACCAGUAAUGAAGGAGCGGAGCAUGAGGCGCUCUUGGACAAAAAGCUGCGAAAUACGCCUUCGCUGCAAGUGCUCAACCAGGAGGCAAGCACGUUGAGCUCAGGUUCAGUUCCGGCAGGAGACUACCAUGCUGUAGAUGGUUGUGACCAAGAGGAAGAGCUAUAUAAGCUUCGAGUGCCAGAAACCACUACUUCCAUGAUUGAGCUCCGGGCACUCGUCAGAAAUGCCAUACCCUCGGUGGUGACUUUCCUACUAGAGUGCUCGCCCUUUACGGUCUCGGUGUUUGCCGUGGGCCACAUUGGAGCCAACGAGCUAGCUGCUGUCUCGUUGGGCUCCAUGACCGCCAACAUCACCGGCUACGCCACGAUCCAGGGCAUCUCCACCGCGUUGGACACGUUGUGCCCGCAGGCGUUUGGGGCCAAGAACUAUACCCUUGUGGGCGACUAUAUGCAAAAGUGCAUUGCGUUGAGUAUCACAUUCAUGUUCCCCAUUCUCAUUUGCUGGAUCUUUUUCGGGUACGACUUGAUCCGCUUGGUCGUCAAGGAGCCGGAAACGGCGAGACUUGCCGCGACAUAUCUCCGCUACGUGGCGUUUGGCAUCCCCGGUUUCAUUGGCUUUGAAUGCGGCAAGAGAUUUCUACAGGCACAGGAGAUUUACCAAGUUGGCGCAUAUGUCUUGCUCAUAGCCGCGCCCAUCAAUGUGGUGAUGACCUUGUCCUUUGUCAAAUGGAUGGGCUACGCGGGAGCCCCCAUUGCCGUGUCGAUAAACUACUGGUUUAUGGCGUUGCUCUUGUUCUUGGCCACCACGUUCAUGGUUAAAGCCGACAAGACCCCGCACAAGAUGAACCCCUUGCAAUGCUGGGGCGGACUCGAUGUCCACAAGGCAUUUAGCCGGUGGGGUCAACUUGCCUCGCUCGCGAUCCCGGGUCUCAUAAUGAUUGAAGCUGAGUUUAUUGCGUUUGAAAUCAUGACCCUCUUGGCCUCGCUCAUUAGCACCAAGGCGUUAGCGGCGCAAUCGAUUGGCACCACCAUUGCCUACUUGACCUACCAAGUGCCCUUUGCCAUUGGAAUCGCCGCUUCAACUCGUAUUGCCAAUUUCUUGGGCGCAGGCUUGGCUGAGUCCGCCAAGAUCACCACCAGAGUCUCGCUAAUCUUUGGCUUUGCCAUGUCGCUCGUCAACUGCGCCGUGAUUUUGGGUUUCCAGAGACAAAUUGCUUAUGCGUUUACCAAUGACGAAGAGGUGGUGUCGAUAGUUCUCGCGAUCAUUUGGUUUAUCGCCGUUAUGCAAGUUUCAGAUGGGAUGAAUGCAAACACAGCCGGCUGUUUGAGAGGCCAAGGACAGACUAAAGUUGGAGGCAUUGUUAAUGUGAUAAGCUACUACGUGGUUGGCGUGCCCAUCAGCAUAUAUUUGAGUUUCUUCAGCCCCUGGAAGGGCCUCUUGGCAGGACUAUGGAUCGGUAGUACCGUGGCACUCACUCUUAUUGGUGGAGUGCAAUGCUGGUACGCCUUGGGCUCGAACUUUGAGACACUAUGCGAAAAUGCAAGAAAAAGGACCAUUGAUACGAUAGUAUAG